CAAUGUGGGGGGAGGUGUAAAACUUGACCUGGGAGUGUGCAGAGUAGUGAGUAACAUUCAGUGGAAAUUCCGGGGAACUAUUUUCAUGCCUAAUCCUUCUGUGGGAGUGUCUCUACGAGCAUCUUCGUUCAUUGCCGUCAUAGCGCUCUGACGCGAUGUUUAGGUGACAACGCCGAGCCGGUCCAUCAGCCUCCGCCCAUCGCGUGCUUCCACAGAACCGACCGUGCCUCUGAUGCGUGACCUGUUGAAGCUCGUUCUCGUGCGGUGCGUAGUGCUGCGCUUCUGUAGCUGCCAAAAUGGACAACUAAACAAUCGACCUCAACAUGCCUACCAUUUAUGGAAGUAAGGGAAAACUUGCAAGUGUUUGUUUCAUGCUUCAGCACGCAUCCCAGUAUCUCAGUUUGGACUUCUCCACAGAGACCCGGUGGCAUCAAGGGGAUUUUGCCUGCUGUCUGACUAGGGCUCGCUUGUACUAAUAUUUAUUGACGCAUAUGUGAGAAUAAUAGUAAUUAAAAAACAAACAACCUGGGAGAAGAGAGCUGAAGAUCAGUCUGAGCAACUGAGGGCGCAAGGAGGACCAGUAGCCUACUAAGACAUGACCCAGUCCUGGCCUUACCAGCAGCCCGCAGGGGAAGGGAGCAAUCAGCAUUUCCUGUACUCGCACUCAAAGGAGGGAAAACAGCACAAUUCACGACACAGACAUGUGAGGGAUGGUGUCUCUAUGAGGAUGCCCUCACGUCCACUCGUGGCCCCUCAUAAAUCCAUGCUCGCUGAUGACCUGAAGCUCAGCAGUGAUGAAGAUGACAAGGACGAGGGAAGUGAGCGAACAACUUCCUGGGCCAAUAAUGACCGCUUGUCAGGCCAGCAGCAGCAACACACACACACACAUGUUGGAAGGGUGAGACAUUCUAGCUCAGGGUCUUCAGGAUCAGACCCCUCCAGCGAGUGGGAAAGCAGCAGCCAGCGAUCACGCAGCCCGAGCCCAGGGUCGCACGCCCGGUGCAGGACACCGACCCAACAGCAGACCCUAAACUGCAGCACAGAGACGGAGAGUCCACCAUCCACACAGUGGCAACUGGACAGGUGGCUUGAGAAAGUCCCUAAAAAGCAUCAGUCGACUGACCACGACCCAGGAGGACAGCGACGAAGUGCAAAAUCUGACUGUGGCCGAGGACCAUCACCUGGAAGAUACUGGGGCAGAGACUCUGAGUCAAGACGGGAUUAUAGUCCUUGUGAUAGUCCGGUUCCAAGUCCAAAAUUUGACUACAGCCCCAGAAACAGUCCUCGUCCCAGCCCAGAAUACAGUCCAUGUCCCAGUCCAGGAAAUAGCCUUGUGCCAAGCCCAGUGCCAAGUGUGUGCCCAAGUCCAGGAGACAGUCUCCGAGAGAGUCGAAGUCCAAGCCCUUUAUUUCCGCACCCUCCCAGAAGCCCAAGUCCAAAUCUCUCAUCCACCCCAGUACCUAUCCAAGGUACAUAUCCUCAGGUACAGUCACCUCAACGGGAAAUUCCUAGAUAUAUUUCACAUCCAACAGUUGCCUCCAAUCCACCACAUCGUCCCAAAGUCAGGCCAUGGGUGCCUCCAGACCAUAGCUCCGACCAGAGAAAGGAAUUUAGACCCAAAGACUCUAGAUCCAGAGACUCUCGAGCCAAAGACUCCAGACCUUGUCCUCCUCAACAACCCCAUCAUUCCAAACACAGCUCAACAGAAAAGUUACACAAAGAUCUCACACACAAGCCUGAAUCCAAAAACUCUGAAUCCACAAGCAAGCAAAGGUUUAACUCACCUUCGAACCCAAUUACAAAGCAUUCGUUGAAGCAAAGGCCACAUGUUAGCCCAAAACCACAAGCCAGGCACUCAUCUACAACUGACCAUAGUAUUGAACAUAAUCACAGAAGCAAUGAACCUACAGGAGCAUCAAACCACAGUUCAACCCCCAAAUCGGGGCAUUCAUCUCAUUUAAAUACUCUAAAGAGCUCAGACCGUGGUCCUUCGUCAAAGUCCAGGGACUCUUCCCAAAGCGAAGUCAACAGUCGAUAUAGUCACAGCAGCUCUAAGAGUAAAUCUUUCCCAGACACCAAGCAAUCCAGCUCUAAACAGACUUCCCAACCACAUUCCAGCCCAAAGCGCAGGGUCAAACUAGGGGACAACCCGGUGCCCAGAACUGGGCACUCCCUAAAAGAGCCAAAGCCCAGAGAGAGAGAGCGGGAGGUGGACAGCCGAGGUAAGGCCCAGGGAGUGACUCUGGUGCCAACUGGCAAGGAGCAGAGACAAAGAAUACUGGCGGAAGAGCAAGUAAUAAGGCGCCGCUGGGUUCGGAGUUCUGAGGAAGAGGAAGACGAGGACGAUAGGAGAACUGAGGAAGGGGAAAGAGAGAGGAAGCGGAGAAGGAGAAGGGAGCAGGAAGCUGAAUGGAAGGCGGUACAGCCCAAGCAAAGACCUCACACCAACAGCCAGCAUCACACUCAACAGGAAUGCAACGGACUCAACCUUGAGGAGCAGAGGAGGAAGAAGAAAAGGUGGAGCAACGAUGACAUUUCCUCACAUCCUCAUUUGAUAGACUCUAGCCCUUCUCCUCCACUCUCUCCACCUUCACCGACUCCUGUCGUCAAGCCCACUCGUCCAUCGUCUUCCUCAUCCUCAUCCUCCUCAUCGUCCUCCUCAUCUUCCUCUGAAUCAGACUCUGAGUCCAGUCCACCCCGGAACGUUGCCAAAGUCCCUGCAGAUUCAACAUCAAACCAAAAAACUGUUCCAAAGAGGAGGCAUGACAAACAGGGUUCUGGCACUGGUGCUCACCCCCACGGCUCGAACUUAAGCACCCCUGAAACAGACAAACAAGUCCGGGGCAGGCACAAACUCUAUACACUGGUUCCUUUCGGCCGAUCUGAGAAGUCCCCCACCGUCGCACAUCGAGGCCUGAAAAAACUUGUUGUGAGGAUAGACCUCUCACUUCUGGGUAGAGUACCUAGUGCAGAUGAGAUUACUAAGGGACAGUCCUCGUCUUCAUCUUUGUCAUCGGGAAAGGCAAAAGAAAAGACAUUGAUGAAGCAACUGCACCACUCUGACCAACUGCCCGGAGAUGGCAGAAGUAAAAGAAAAGCUGAGAAUGGAGAUGCUCAAAGAGAAAAUAAGAGAAAUCACUCUCAUGCAGAUAAACUCCCACCGUCAGUCCAUAAUGAGUCUGAGGAAACCUGCGCUGACAACAAACAAAACGGAUGUCAGGACGAUUACUUUUACUCCAAAAGGCCAGUGUCGCCAUUGUCUCCUCCAUCUGACAUACUAGAGCUCUCAAAGCCCUCUGUGAAAGCUCAGCAUGCAGAGAAUUACCGCACACCUACAGGAAAAGACAAUGAUUCAACAGCACAGAAAACACAGGUCCAGAAGACGCAGCCCAAGGUAGAAGUGGAGUGUGUUGGGGUGUCAGGACACCUACAGCCUCUAUCUGGAUCUCGGGGUCCUCCUCCAAACCUUCCACUUCACUACAGAGGAACCGUACCUAUCAGUGAUGUCUCUCAUCAUGCUGAGUACUACAUGCAUGAGGCCAAGAGGCUGAAACAUCGAGCAGACGCAAUGGUGGAUAAGUUAGGAAAAGCUGUGAAUUAUGUGGAUGCUGCUUUGUCCUUCAUGGAGUGUGGUAAAGCCAUGGAAGAGGGACCGUUGGAGUCCAAGUCCCCCUACACCAUGUAUGCUGAAACUGUGGAGCUCAUAAGAUACGCUAUGAGACUUAAGAGUCACGCAGGCCCUGGAGCCAGCCAGGAAGACAAACAGCUAGCUGUACUGUGUUUCCGCUGUCUUGCUCUUCUUUAUUGGCAAAUGUUCAGACUUAAAAAGGACCACGCUCUGAAAUACUCUAAAGUUCUGCUGGACUACUUCAAGAGUUCUCCAAAAGGACCUCACAAACCCCUUUGGAACGAUGCUGGAAAGGGAACUGUGCCUCCUGCCUCUAUUUGUUCUGUCAAUAUAAUGGGAUCUCACACAGGCAGCUCACCAAGUAGUGUCAUUAGCAUUCCCCACCGUAUCCACCAGAUGGCAGCAAAUCACCUCAACAUCACCAACAGUGUCCUGUACAGUUAUGAGUACUGGGAGGUGGCUGAUACCCUGGCCAAGGAAAAUAAGGAAUUUUUCAACUAUCUGAACACACUGACUGGACCCUUGACUCUGCAUAGCAGCAUGGCCCAUAUCGUCCAGUACACCAGGCAAGGGCUGCAGUGGAUUCGGAUCAGUGCUAAUCUAUCAUAAUACCAUGUACAGACAUUCUCAAACUCCACAAAUCACUCGUGAAAACAAUGUUCUGAGGCCAAAUUACCAAAAGAUUUUACAGUUCCUGCACUCUGUGUCCAAGGUGUCUGAUUCUGGGCCGGGACUAUUGAAAAUCGUCUGCCAUAGGUUCAUGACAAGUCAUGUGGCAUCAUGUUAUCAUAUGGUAUUUAGAAGCAGACAUACCUUUGUUACUUCAUUCUACUGAGCAUUAAAUGUCAUAAUAUCUGAGGAUACCGUGUCAGAAAUAAUCAUAUUUUCUUUUAUACAAUCAAGACUUGCCGGUCAAAUUGAUAGAACAUUGGUCAUUCAAUUCUUAGCACUUCUUUAAAAAUGAUAAUCUUACUGAAAGUUUUGAAAAGGAACCAUUGUCGGCUAAUUCAUCAAAUGCUGCUUUUCCAAAAUGUGCCACAUUUUUAUAUCAGAAAAAAUUAAAAAAAUCUUUUUUAUUUUCUGUAUGUAAUUAUUAUGACAAAAACUGGAUUAAAAUGAUUUUUUAUGACAGGGUGUUGCAUCCAACGUUCAUUAAAAACUGUUGUUUUGUUUUUUACAUGAGCCUUCCAUAACUUCUUAUGUCAAAAUCAGUGCAUGCACAAAGUCUUUAAGAUCUGUGGAUGUGAUUCAUGUUUUUUAUAUGAAGUUCUUUGUGCAAUAAGUCAGAAUUUUUACAUAUGUGUCAUAUAAAUGUUUUGGUGCUGUUUUUCAAUAGCCAGCAUAAAGUCAUGUCAGUCUAUGCAAGACUAUUUAUGGCCUUGUGAAGUUCUUGUAAAGUUUAAACUGUAAGAAGGAAAAAACAUAAUAAGGACUUUUGUAAUUAAAGUGUUUUUACAGUA